AUGGAUGGCGGAAGACGGGUGGACGGCUCGCCGGCCCUGGCGGCGGGGCCGGGUCGCGGGCCACGCUCCGGGGAUGGCCGGGGCCGGCCGGCGCCCCGGGCGUCGCGGGACCGCCCUCGCGUGCGGGUGGCGGUGGGAUCCCGCGCUGGUGUUCCUGGGGGCCCGGCCGCGUGGCCCGGUCUUUUUCCUCCGGUCCCCGGACGGCGCCCGCGUCCCUGUCCCGCGGCCCCCGCCGUGCGUGCUCGCCGGCCCCUCCCCGCCGCCGCCGGCCUCGCCUCGCCUCUCCUCGUCCCGCGCGUGCGACCGCCCGCGUUCCCGUCCCCUGCCCGGGCCCGAGCCGGCCUCGCCUCGCCUUCACGUGGGUGUCGUCCCCCGGCCCCUGCCGGGCCGGUGGCGUCCCCGGGCGGAGCGGUGCAGUGCCCUCGGAAAGCCCUGAGCGAGGGGGGCGGGGCGGGGGAGCCCCGCGCGCGUGAGGGCCGUGGGGGGGGGGCCGCCGGUGUGCGGCGGGAGAGUGUUCUCCCCGGGCCGGCUGCGGCUCCGGGGGUGGCGGUGGCGGUGGCCGCGAGCCCCGCGAGGGUGGGGGCGCCAGUCCUUCGUCGCGGGUGGCGCCGCGGGACCGCCCCUGUGCCGGGAGGGCCUGUGGCGGUGAGAUCCCGCGGUGGGCCCCGGCGGCCGACUCGCGUCCCCUCCCCCGGCUCGCUUUGGGCCGUUCCCCUCGCGGUGGCGCGCGGCCACCCCACCCCCGCCGCCGGUUGCGCGGUGUCGGCCCCGCGUGGCCGCAUCCCGUCGGUGCCCCUCUCCGCCCGUCCGUCCGCCUCGGUCCCCUCGCCGUCUGCUGCUCCCCGGGGCCGCGUGCCCUGGUGUGCCUCGCUUCCCGGGCCCGCCGCGGCCCCGAUCCGUCGCCCGUGUCGCCGCCGCCGCCGCCGCCGCCGCCGCCGUCGCGUGCCGGACGAGGGGGCGCCCCCGCCCCGGUGCGCUCGCCCGAGCGCGGGACGGGUCCCCGGUCUUGCCCCGCCGCGGGCCGGUCGCCGCGUCCUCGCCGCCCGGCGUCCCCCGCCCCGCUCUGGGGCGGGUGGACGGACGGACGCCGAGGGCGCGCGUCGGCCGUCCCCGGUGUGGCCCGGGCCGGGCGGGAUGGAGGAGGGAGAGAGCAGGGCGGCCCGCCGCCCUCCUCCCCGCCGCACCACCCCGCCCCCCCCUCGUGCCUCCCGCGCGGUGGCGGCGACGCGCCGCGACCCUCGCGGACCCCGAGGGUGGGUCGCGCGGUCGGGCGUCCUCGCCGCGGGCGGGACCGGGGCGGUCGGGUCUCCCGGCCCGGCGAGCGCCCUUCCCGGCCCCCCCCUCCUCUCUCGGCUCCCUCGCCUCGCGGGGGUCUGCCUCUCCCCACCCCCCCCCCCCACCGGCACGCCCGGCUCCUCGUCGUCGCGCUCGCUUCCCCCUACCUGGUUGAUCCUGCCAGUAGCAUAUGCUUGUCUCAAAGAUUAA